UGAAGAUGAAACCUGAUUCCUGAUCCCUUGUGGUCUUUCAGAGAAGCUUCUUCUUCCAGCACAUCCUCCUCUAUUUCCCUCCAAUUCCAGUUGCUCCUCAACAUCUCUCGGAGUCGGUCGCGCGUAUCUUCAGUUGGAUUAGUUUUUCAGGACCCGGUGUUUGAUAACACGUAUCGCGUGAAUCUGAGGAAUCGCUUUGGCGAGAUAUGAGUGCUGCGGUCGCCGGGGGAUCACCGGAUAGUGGCCGGCAUCGAAACCGGACUUAUGAUGUAGAUCAUGAUGAUGAGGAUUCGAAUCGAAUGAAAACAGAACCCGAUUCGGAUAUCAAGGAUUAUGCUGAAACUACAAUGAACGAAUUACUGGGAUGGUAUGGUCUCGACAAACUGGAUGCAAGGAGUCUUAAUCUCAAGAAUCUCAAUCAUCACUUCCCAACUUCAUCCUCAUCUUCUAGUCCCUUGAGGCAAGAUGAUGACAUCAUGUCUGAAGACGACAUGGGGCGAAGCUCCAGGUCUCCUGUCAUAGAAUCUGAAUCUUUGAUAUCAAAUCCAAGCAACGAAGCUAUCAUAUGCGCCUGGUGCCAAAAAACAGGAUUGAAAUUGUUUACACUAAAAACUUCAUCUGGCAAAACAAAAGUCUUUUGCAGCGAGCCUUGCUUCAACCAGUGUCGAAGAGCAGCUUUUAAAAAGAAUCGUGUUUGCAACUGGUGCAGGCAUGUGCGACAUACAGUGAAUUACGUAGACUUUAAAGAUGGUGAUGAACAACUUCAAUUUUGCAGUGAUAAGUGUUUGAAUCAAUACAAAAUGCAAAUUUUCUGCCGGGAAACUCAAGCUUAUUUGCAAAUGAAUCCACAUUUGCAGGAAGAAACGAGCAAGAACAUUGGAAAUGCCAACUCUAAACUAAUUACUCCAGAUCUCUGGUUGAGAGAUUGUCAAGAGCCGAUAAAUGGCGGACAAAAUUUGUCUCAUAGUGAUGAUGAUUCAGUGUCCCCCAAUGUGAGAACUUUCCCCCAAAAUCCAGUCAGAAAAGAAAUAGAUCUGGAGGAUCUAUCAAUGAAACACAAAUCUGAAAAAAUAACAUUCCCUCCUCUUCAAAGGGAUUAUUCCCAAAGUGGGCAUAAGAGCCCUGAUAAUUCUACUUUAGUGAAAGACAAACGCUCACUUGAAAUGUGCAAUGCUCUAUCUUCUUAUCUGAGGGAAGAGAGAGACAAAAAUUCUGUGGAACGUAGAAGAAAACAUUUUGAGAAUGACAGAGAACAUUUCCGUAAAAAACAACGUCUAGCAAAUUUGCGCCACAAAACAAAUCCCCACCAAGAAGCCCCUCCAGCUCAUUUAGCUUCAUCUGUACAUCCUUCAAUUACGUUUCCUGGACAAAAUAGACUUUAUCCACCACCUGUGUCACCAUAUAUAUCACAAAACUCAUCACCCAUAAAUCCACCUGCUGCUCAUUCAAAAUCAAUACCAUCCCAUCCAGGAAUAGCUGGAUCGCUUUUACCACCUGGGUUGCCUCCACCACCGCCAUUGUUGAACAAUGAUUUUAUUCAUUCUCAAUUUAAUCCACAAUUUUUUCAGCCACCCUUUGGUUCUUUGUCACACCCACAACAUUUGGAAGCAUUUCUUCGAAUGCAAUCAACAAUGAACAGAAGGACAGAUCCUCUGGGAUCGCAUAUAUACCCGGAUCCUGUGUUACCGAACUUGAAGCCUUCAAUGCCACAUUUCAAUGCAGGAUCCUCUGCGCCACCAAACACAGUCAUGUUACCUUAUCCAAUAUUCCUGCCACUUCCAGUUCCUAUUCCGAUACCUAUACCUCUAUCUUCUUUCUUAAAGAAAGAAAAACAAACAAAUGCAAGUGGAAUUGAAAGUGGUAAAGCUAAGAAUCUUUCGAUAAAUGGUGAAAGUUCAGAUGACAAACAACCAGAUACAAAAACAGAAGAUAACAUGAUAUCAGUUCUAAAAAAAUUAAAAAACUCUAAGCAAAAUGUAAAUGAUACGAGUACGAAAAAAGAAAAGUCUGUACCAUCUCCUGAUACUUCAUCAUACGCAGUGACAAAUAACGACAGUCAGACAAAUCGCCUGAUCUUAACUCGAAAUAAAAACAGAUAAAAUAAGGCUCAAAUUUAAUAGACGGUAUGAACAGUAGAGUUCCUGUAGCACAAGUACUUAUCACUCAUACUAUUGUACAGAGAAUGUACUAUUAGUAGAGUAAAAACUAAUUUAUAUGUAAAUUAAACUUUUUUUUCUAGUUUGGGAGAAAUAAAAUACGUGCAUCAUGUU